AUGUCUGCUCGAGAUUUCUGUUGUUAUUACGACGAUUUCCGACACCGCGAGGUAAACUUCGGGCUCAAAAAAGCUGUCAUUUCUUUUCGGUCACUCUUUUUUGAGCAGCAAAAUGAUAUUUCAGGUCCGCAGAAGCCUGUGGAGGCACUUGAAUGCUGUCAGCGACUAUCUGGGUGAGCUCAGUUGGGAGAGAAAAGAGAUGAUGGGCCAGUUGAGGAGCACAAGACAGAGAAGAGAAAGAGAAAUGUGAUGGUCCUCCCGGGGGUAGAAAACCAUUUGAGAUCAUUCAGGCUGAGGAUCGAACUGGAGAUGAUCCGAGAGAAGAUCAAGGAAUGGGUGCAUCACUGGCAGUUUGUCAACAACUUCCUCACUCGUAUGUUUCAACUUAUUUUAAGAUAACAUUUAAAUUUCAAAAUUAUAAAAUCUCUUUGGGAAAUAAGUACGUUUUGAUGAUUUUCCCAAAAUUUCGUGUCCAUGAACGUUCAAAAGCUUUACUUUGAUUUUCAGAUGUUAAUAGAAAGUUCCUCUAUAUUGGGUACAAGAUCAAGACCGUAAUUUUCGAUCAAAAUGUCUCAAUUUUAUCAGUUUUCAUCACGCAACGCGAAAGUUCUAAAAUGUUUAUCCGAGGAAAAUUUUUGAAUUUCUCCUCUCUUAUGAAGCUAUUGUUUUCUCAUAAUUUUGCUUUUUUCUGGUCUAAAUGUUCGAAAACCAUAAUAUAUAUCUCAUCAUCCAACUUUUGAUCGGUGUUGAACAAAAGAUACGCGAUAUAGUCUGUUCAGAUCUGGCAUGCCAAGCAACAAACUCCGCCCCCAAGGCUACAAUAUUUUUUGCGUCAAUUUUUUAUUUCCAGAUCCCAAUGAAGCUUUAAUAUGGCUGCAUUUUUCGAUUUCUUUUUCUCCUUUAGAACAUCUUUUAGAACAAAAAAGAUCAAAAACCGUUCCACGAAAUGAAACAUCGACGCGAAAGGGUACUGUGCCAGCAGGGGCGGAUUUAGCUGCUUUCCAUUUAAAAACCUGAACAGACUAUAAUCUCAUUUUUUCUUCUUUCAAACCUUUGAAAAAAGCUUUCUCUGUUACAAAAUAAUGUUUUUUUUUCAGUGUUCUGA